AUGUGGAUCCAAGGCCUUUCAGCAUUAGCUGCGUUGAAUUUCUUCUCCAACGGAGCUCUUGCGACUCCUGUUGCGACUGGCGAAAGCUCAUUGGAGCAACUCCUCGAGUCAUCUUACAAAUACAAUGACGGUAGUGUUGUCGAGAUGUUUGUGGACGAACUCAAAGCCCUUACAAGCACCAACAGCUCUUCGUGCAGUCAAUGUGUCACGAGAUUGAGUAUCGGUAAGUCUUUGGCGUUGUUGAGACCUGACUUGGUCCCUGAAGUUUACACUCGCUGGUGUAAAGAAACCAAGUUUAUGUCAAACACGAGCUGCGUUUCUACUUACAGCAGAAACACCGUUUCCACGAGUCAAACUGGAACAAAUUUUGCGGACAUGUUGACAUUAAUUGACCCAUUUAACUAUGAUGGUCAGUUGUACUGUCAUUACAAGGAAUCUGCUUGUCCCAAGCCUUCGACGCCCAAUGUGACCUUGUCGAACAUGUGGUCGCCCAAGCAACCCAAACACUAUGUUGCUCCAGAACCCAGUGUCAAUGAUACCUUUAAGGUUCUGCACAUUUCUGAUUUCCACAUUGAGUUAGAUUACACUGUAGGUCAGGAGGCGAAUUGCUCUACCAGCAUGUGCUGCACCCCGCACUCUGUUAAUACCAAAACAAAGAAAAACGAGACUUCGCUACCCUGGAAUUCGUUUUACGAAUCCAAAUACGAUGAAAACAAUACGCUUAUCCAAGGGUCGUACGUCGAUGCUUUUGGCAAUUCGUCAAUUUGGGCCCCAGCAACCACGUUCGGAAACUACGAGUGUGAUGCCCCUGAGAUCCUGAUCAACUCAUCUUUGAAUUCCAUUGUUGACUUCACGAAAGAGAACAACAUCAGCUUUGACUUCGCCAUUUUCACGGGUGACCUUGUUGACCACGAUGAAAUCAAAUAUACUGGGUACCAAAUGACUGUUGACUCUGAAGUUGCAGUCUUCAGAGACAUCAAAGAUAGACUUGAAAGCAUCCCAGUUUAUUCGGUUCUAGGUAACCACGAUACAUUCCCCUACGGAGAGCUGGCGCCAGAAGGCAUGGGCUUUUCAAACUACUUCAACUGGAAUGCCGAGUUAAUGGCAGACAUGUGGGAAGACUUCGGAUGGCUAGACGCCAAGUCCUCACAAUACGCGAGGAAGCACUAUACUGGUUUUUCGGUUGAAACUAAACUAGGCCUCAAAAUUAUUUCACUGAACUCCAAUGUCUGGUACAAGAAAAACCAUUAUGCUUAUUUCAAUGCCUCGCAGCCAGAUAACUUUGGGCAAUUUGAGUUUUUGAUUGAUGAAUUAAAUGAGAGUGAAAGCAAUGACCAAAGAGUCUGGAUUAUCACUCACAUUCCAUUCAAUGGUGACAGUUUGCCGGUGCCUUCGAAGCUGUUCGCCGAGAUAGUGGCAAGAUUUUCUCCAUACACGAUUGCCGGCAUCUUUUUCGGCCAUACUCACUUAGACCAAUUCCAAAUCUUAUACGCUUCCUCUGGAAAUGACGCCAAACAAAUUGAGAAUGUUGUUAAUUUUGGAUGGACUUCUCAAGCUGUCACUCCAUGGGUUGAAAACAACCCCUCUUGGAGAUACUACACUGUCGACAGAAAAACCUUCUCCAUCAUGGACUCUUUCAACUAUUACACUAAACUAAAUGAAACAUUUACUAACAAUGGGGCUGAGCCCAAAUGGGAAUUCGAGUAUUCGGCCAGGGACGGUUAUAAUAUCUCCUGGCCGGCUACAUCGCCAUUGAAUGGUAGUUACUGGCAUGAAGUUGCUCAGAAAGUCAAUCAAUCCAAGGAAUAUAAUCAAAUUUACGAAAAUUAUGCAAAGAGAUUCUCUCCGUACGUCCCAGACUGUAUCAACACUUCCGAUUGCGAUGAAGACUACUGCUUUCUAACAUCAUUCACGGUGGAUUCCUACGACUCGUGCAUCGCAAGUUUGCCUAAACACUAG